CUGUUGUUGUAGGGGACAAGCAGCUUCCUCGACGGCAGUGUUAGCACGCGGUGACGUCACUUGCGUGUUCACUGUCGCUGGAUGAACCUGACAACAGUUCACAGAUCCCACGAGAGAUCCUUUGAAGCAUCUGUAACGUCAGUCUCCAUACCGAGAUGUCAGGUCGCAACAUCCACGCACUCAUCUACGGCCACACGGGAUCAGGGGUGACAACUCUCAUCAUGCGCUGGGUGAGUGGACGGCUACCGACCUCUGUGGAAGAGCUCACAGCGCCCUACAAUGGCGUCAAAAACAUCAACAUCCAGUUAGCGGAACAGAAAACUUCGGAGGUUGUCAUGGUGACACUUAUAGACGGAGGCGUGUUCCUAGGCGACGAGGAAGGUCUGAGAAGAGUUUGUCGGAAAGUUGACGUUAUUGUCGCAUGCACCUGUGUCCAAGUUGAUGACCUCGGCUUACCUGAGAUAAGACGCCUCAGCAUGCUACUCGGUUUACGAAGACCGCCCAUUAUCGUCCUUGGGACAAUGAGGGACCUGCGGGAUGAAGCCAUUGAUCAGUUGCCGCUCCUUACAGCGAUAGCUUGCAGUGAUGAUGUGGAGGAGCUUGGGGACGUGAUAGAGGAGACGGAGGAGGUGGGGAGACGUAACGCACUGUCGUCUGGAUACCCUGAACUGGCAGUGGAACCAAGGCGGCUCGGUAACAAUAACGAUGGAAAGAAGCCCGGUUUGGUUGAAACUCCGUCUGUCACGUCUGAACAUUCUAUUGAAGCAGACGUAUUUGAGGAACAGAGCCCACUGCUGCUGGUGUCCAAAUGUCAGGACCAAAGUGUCGAGAGGAAUAGAAUGGAGGAGAAACCUGUUAAUGGUGGCGAAACACAGUCAUUAAUGCCUGGACAAUUUCAAGUCACAGUUAAAAUAGAGAAUGCAGAACUUCAGAAGGGAUGUAUUUAUGGAUCGGAAAGUUUGGAUCUUGGGGUUGUGGUUCCUAAGACAAAAGAAAAGGUACAUUUCAGCGAAAGCGAAUCACACCCAAUAGUACCUGAAUCUGAUGUUAUUGAAGAAACUGGUGACAUUGUGAACGGAAGCAGUUUGUCGAGAAAACUCGAAUUAACCAUACAGAAUGUUAAGAGGCACAGCAUAAAGAACGAGGAACCGGAAACAGAAAUAUGCUCUUUUGAAGAUGACUGUUCCGCUGCGCAGGAAACGCCUCUGAUGUCUGAUGGGGAGGCGAGUGACGUCACGGGGUCAGACAGGCGAAUGGCAUCGCCCACUGAUCUCGAGUUUGAUAACAUUGAGCAUGAUUUGUCGUUUUUGAGCAGGGAAUUGAUGAACAUCUCCUCCCACCGUAUGAACCCGGACUACUGGUCAACGGAAUCCAUCAACGGAUCCGUUGCCUCACCGCUGGACCACUCCAGGGAUGUGAUCAGUGUGGUGGAGCCAGCCCACGGUAGACCAUUCAGAGAGAAUGGGGACGCUGCUGAACCGUCCCCGCACCAGGACCACGCAAACACAAACGAUAACGGUGUGAUAGGUCAAGAAUUAAACCAUUCAUCUGACACCAACACAUCACCUUUAAAACCAAUGUUAGAAACCCACUUCCCAGCCGACAAUGAUUCAUCGUUCACUGUCAAAUAUUUCCCAUGUACCCAGAAUUCAAAAACAGAAAUAUCCAACCAACCAAUCGAAACUCAUUUCCCGGAGCGUGUUACCGCAGCUGCUUGCAUGUAUAGAUCUACAGAGUGUUCUCAAGCGGCGUUGGACAAGAACAAUGUUGCUAAUUCAUGGAUACAAUGCACGGGUAGAUCGUGUAGCUGUGAUGAGUGUAUUGCCAGUAAAACUCAAGAAAUAUCUAGUCCCGCCGCGUUGCCUCAUGGGGAGGUGUCCACGUCAUCCUCUUCAUCAUUUCCGGAAGUGAAGAAUCUUCACAUCAGCCUUGACCUAGCUCCCGUGAAACUGAUUGACCCUUACCCAGGCAAGGCGAGACUGAGGGGGGCGAAUAGUGACAGCUUUAUGAGUAUCGAGGACGGAACUCGCUGUGUUAAGAAUGUCCGGGGGGAGCGUUAUAUGGAGUGUUCUGCUCUGACAGGGGAGAAUCUGCAUCAGGUGUUUGAAUACGUGGUAAGGGCUGGAUGUAAAUACAAUAGGCGGAGGAACGCUAAGUGUUUAAUAUCAUGAUACAGCACUAUUAUUCUGUCUCACAGUCCCUGAACCAUAUUAUUUUCCCUUCCACCAAGCCCUUUCUGUAAUGCAAGCCCUUUCCUCAGGUUCAGGUUCUGAAUCUCCCAUCUCUGUAGGCUCCUUUUCAAUAUAAAUGGAUUUUUUUGUUUGUAUCCGAAAAAUAUUCAUUCUCAGAGACUAAACAUUCGACUGCAGCACAAUAGUCUAACUGCAAGAUGUGUGUUAAAGGUGGGCUAAGCUCGGACAAAUCGGCAGGCCCAGCCAGUUUGAUUCAAGUCGUUCAAACACUUCCUUGUUUGACUGUUUACUCAAAUUGUGUGACGUAUGUAAUGCUAAGAGUUAAUAAUGACAUUAAAUGCAUAGAAACAAGGUUGUCCCUGGAAGGGAGAGGGACAACAGACGGUGGCGCAAACUCCCCCCUCAAGACUAUUUCGUAUUACUUGGUUUGCAGCUCCGCAGACACAACCUUUGAAUGAUUUUUCAUAUCGAGUCUUUUAACUUUCGUCACGUAGUGUAGGAAGCAUACUUUUCUUUUCCGUAUUUCUCCUGACCGACAACUGUAAGUAAUCACAAGAAGGCACCACGUGGAUUUAAAGUUUUAUUUUCAUGUUUCUUGCGAAAACAAAUCUGUAAAGCAAACGUUUAGGGGCUUAAUGGAAGAAGUCUGGAAACAUACCAUAUUUAGUCAGAAGUAUUCAAGACACUAACUUCAUGACUUGCUGGCCCCGUCUCUGAUCCCGUGGAGUGAGUGAGUUGGGUUAAACGCCGCUUUGAACAGUAUUCCAGUUAUAUCGCGGCGUGUCAGCUUAAUGUGGGAGGAAAGCCCGAAGUGACGCAGGUCUUAGACGUUUACCACUUC